AUGCGGGGUCGUAGCAUUCAAAAAUGGCGGAUUAAGAUUAUAGGCGCCGGUAAGAUUGAUUCACACCGAGUCUUGACGGGAAGGGAUCAUAAUACACUGCAAGGGCGAACCACAUCCAAGGGACAGAAUGUUGAGAAUACCAGAGCAGGCGGGUCCAUAGGGAUGCAGCAAGAAAGGGGAGAAAUUGACACGGAAAUCAGAAGUUAUGAUCAAUAUCCCAAAACCGGCCAAACCAUUCUGCACUUACCUCAAUUGGAAGCUAACCGGUUCAAUCAGCUUCAAAACAGACAUUGGCGAGCAGGAGAUCAUUUCAACAAAUCAGGAGGUAUUCUAGGCGUCCAGGAGGAGGUCUACAAGUUUAUACCAUGCACCAGCAACCAUUGGAUCAGGAGGAUCCUCAUUUACUCAAACCUGCCUUAUUUGGAGCAAACCGACACUAAUGUCCAACAGCUCUUUUUAUAUCAAGCUAUGGACGAGAUCAGAACCUUUCAAGCCAUCCAGAAGAACCCAAGGAGAACAAAUGAAAUCUAUAAGCUUAUUGAAGUUCCAAAGAAAGAACCAGACCAUAAACUCAGUUAUGAACCCACUCCCAAGUGGAAACCGAAAUCUGACCAAUCCAUUGUUCAAGUUCCAAAACCUAUGGAGGUACCAGCGACCGAGGUUCAGUCCAAGGCAUAUAUCUCCACAACCAGAAGGACUUUCAACAUGAAACAAAUUUUAUUGGAUUCUACACUCAAGAAGGAAACCGUAAGUAGAAGGGUCGAUUGUACCAAAGGAAACACACCUGAAGUUCUUGGGACCAGUAACGGGACAUACAAAGAUGUCGAAUGUGGAGCAUGUGUGUUCUUAGCCCCGUACUCGGGAACCCCGGCCGGAAUGGGGGAGAGACGGGGUGACCAGGAGUGCUGUAGAUCAUGGGGUGUGCAUGUGGAACAAGACGUUCCAAUUGGUGGUCGUGCUGAACCAGAUAAACUGAGAGACGCGCUUCAUGUGUUGAAAUCAACUGAAGAUGGAAAUAACCACAUCAACUUAGAUGACUUGGGUUCUGAAGUUGACGGGGCCAACGGGGGUUAUGACCUUAAUCUUGAAAUAUAA